AUGGCCAGUAGCGGAAAACCUCAAAACGGAAUCGUACCCGGAGCAGGAACAAACGGACGCCCAAUAGUCUUCAUGGAUAUUAAUAUUGGAGAAACACCUGCAGGUCGAAUCAAGUUUGAAUUGUUUAGUGAUAUUGUACCUAAAACUGCUGAAAACUUUAGACAGUUAUGUACAGGUGAACAUCGACCUAAUCGACAACCUGUAGGAUAUAAACAUAGUAUCUUUCAUAGAGUAAUCAAAGAUUUCAUGGUCCAAGGUGGCGAUUUUUUAAAUUCUGAUGGGACGGGUUCUACUUCGAUUUAUGGUCAAAAAUUUGAAGAUGAAAAUUUCGAAUUAAAACAUGAAACUGCUGGAUUACUUUCAAUGGCUAACUCUGGACCUAAUACCAAUGGUUGUCAAUUUUUUAUUACUUCUGCAGCUUGUGAUUUCUUAGAUCAUAAACAUGUCGUCUUUGGAAAAGUACUGGAUUCAGAUGGACUUUUGGUGAUGAGAAAAAUCGAAAAUGUACCUACUGGUCCCAACAAUCGACCUAAACUGACAGUUAAAGUUACCGGGGGACUACCAAUUAACAAACAAGUUACUGGUGUGAUACGACACACUUCGAGGAAUCAACAAGAAUUGCCUCAAUUUGCCAGCUGGGUCAUAGAUUAUUUCACUCAAAUAUAA